ACGUUGCCAUGGAAAUGGCGGAGGAAUAUUUGUAGUGAUGAGUCAGGUGAACCGUUAUGCUGAUUUGAGCUCAUUGUAACUGUCUCAUAGACCAAUCAGACAGCUUGAUCGGAACUACUUGUUGUGGAAUCCACUGCGCCACACUCCAGUCCAGUAGGUGGCGGUGAUGAAGCUAAAAGCUAGUCAGCCAGCCGCCAUUACAACUCAAAGAAGAAGAAGAAGCGGAAGUACUUCCUGUAUGGUGAAGGCGGAUCAUUACAUGUUGCAUGAGGCGGACUUUGACAUAGGAGGUGUCUCUUUAAACGGACCAUCUGAUAACCAGGAAGCUGCCGAAACACCCCGCUGAAUAAAACCCUGCAAGUGGAUACCGGCUUUUACCAUUACCGUCAGAGGUGAUGGGACGUCUCGGGGUAAAGGAGCGGCCGUAAAGCAUCUUUAACGUUAGCUGGUGGUGAUGAAGGCAGGUUGUCGGGCAUUGCUGUAGCUAACGUUAACGUCUCUCUGUCAGCUGUCUGUCCCGGUGUGUCGGCUAAAGAGCCUUUUAGCCUAACGUCACCGUUAACGUUAGAUAUCGUCAGCUACAUAAGCUAAGUAGAUAGACAGUAGCCAUGUUUUUAUCACAUUUGGAGCUAUGGAGAACAUACUGGGAGUGUGUGUCCAGACCUUACACGGUGUUCAUCUGCUCCCUCACGGCCGCACUGUACUAUCUGUGGGGCCGCAAGUGUCAGACACCAGUUCUGGUUUCCAGCAAGGCUUUCGGUGCAUUUCUCCACAAGCACUGUCCUGUGGUGGUCGAGCGCUUCAGUCCCACUCCGUGGUGCUGGGGAGGCCGGCUUCAAACGCUAGUCUGCGCCGUCCUCAAGUCCAGACCCUCCGUCUCUUAUCGCAAUGAGCUGAUCCGAACGGUUGAUGGUGGUCAGAUCUCUCUGGACUGGGUGGACAAUCAGGACAGUGCGACCUACCCAGAAUCCUCCACCCGCCCCACAGUACUGAUCCUCCCAGGUCUAACAGGCAACAGCAAGCAGUCCUAUGUGCUCCAUGCCAUUAGCCAGGCCACUCGCCGCGGCUAUAGAUGUGUGGUCUUCAACAACAGAGGACUUGGAGGGGAAGAGUUGUUGACGCCUGUCACCUACUGCGCAGCCAACACCUCAGAUCUUGAGUGUGUGGUGCAACAUGUCAAAGGACUUUACCCACAUGCCCCUGUGCUUGGUGCUGGUGUGUCUUUGGGAGGCAUGUUAUUACUAAACUACCUGGCCCGUAAGCGCUCGGAGUCGGGGAUGGUGGCAGGUUUCACCAUCUCCGUCCCCUGGAAUGCACUGAAGUCUGCCACCUCGAUGGAAGAACCACUUAACUGGCUGCUUUUCAACAAAUACCUCACAAACGGCCUGUGUCGUGCUGUCACCAGGCACAGGAAGGUUCUCGAGAAAGUGGUGGACAUUGAAUAUGUCGUGAAGGCGCGGACUAUCCGUGAGUUUGACGAACGCUUCACCUCUCUGAUGUUCGGUUAUAAAUCUUGCACAGACUAUUACAUUGAUGCCAGCCCAGACAAUAAACUCCAAAAUACAGCAGUGCCCAUCCUGUGUCUCAACGCUGCUGAUGACCCCUUCUCUCCCCAACACGCCUUCCCGCUGACCACAGUCCAGAGCCUGCCGAACGUCGCCCUGUUGUUGACGGCCCAUGGUGGACACAUUGCCUUCCUGCAGGGUUUGUUCCCUCGGGGCGAGAGCUACAUGGAGCACGUAUUCGGUCAGUUUGUUCAAGCCGUAUUUGAACACCCUAAGGACAUCAUGAAAGCCUGCAGCAUUAAGGAGGAGCAGAUGAGCUGAUCAUCUUGUCCGAGCACCAGAACGACUGCUAGCUGAGAGGAAUAUGAAGUCGCCGGCAUCUUAGCAGUAGAACAGCAGUUCACAAAAAUGCAUUGCUUGGCUUUGCAUGCCGUUAGCUUACCGCAGAAAUGUUGGGUCUCCUUCAUGUUUGCACAGAGAAUGACCAACUGUAUUGUACAAUCAUAUGACCUCAUUGCAACUUUGCUGAUCUACCUCAUCAUCUCAGGUUCUCUAUUUAAUGAGCAAUCAAGAAGUAAAAAUGUGCAGAACUCAUUUGUGAAAUAUCUAAGAAAUCUUGCAGCCAGCCGAUAAAUUAAUACAGAAUAUUGUAUUAAGAUAAAAACACGCAAUAUAAACAUUAUUUUAAAAAAAGAUUGUACAUUACUUUUAAUCAUGUAGUUUCUCCCACAUGCCGUCCCAAAUUGAAGCACUUGAAGUGUGUGUUGACAACAAAAUGCGUAAUUAUUCCCUGUUAGAAAAUGAGUGCUUGGGUUUAUUUGAAAAUUAUUAAAUUAUUUAAAAAGGAAAAGAAUGUGAAAAUUUGAACAUAUAUGCUUAUGUUGCUGUUUGUUUUGCCUCAUUAGCUGCUUUGGUUUUGCAGUACUAGUUUUCCUUGAAGUGUGCAACAUUCCUGAAAAGAUUCUACUUCUUCACGUUUUAGCCUUGCAUGCAUACUUUACAUAGACUUUGUCAGUGCAUACCAUACUCUGUGGUAAUCCUGCUAACAGCUGGGUUGUUUGAACUGUCAUUCUCAACCAAAAAACAGCCACACGGCAGGAAACAACAUAUCUGUCAUGAAGGAAAGACAUGUACAAUUGUAGGACAGGUUUGUCAUCUGAGUUUGUGAUUCUUAAACAAACAAAAAAAACCUGACAUCAAUUAAAUGUAAAAACUAUUGUACGCUUGUAAAUGCUUUUGCAGUGUGCUUGAUUGCAAUGUAAAUUAUGCACUACCUUAGACGUGACUGUAAAAAGUACUUAAGGUAUUUGUACCUGCCGUCAAUAAUUUAAUAGCGAGUGGUUUUAAUUUGUGAGUGCUGUAAAUCUGCCUUUUGUUUGUCACUGACACACAUUGUUGUUUGGGGAAUGAGUGAUGGAUAAAAGAAUGUAUAUCAUG